GAUAUUGCUUUGACUACAGUGAACCUUAGUGGAGGGACGUAUGCCACACAGAGUUCUGUUAUUGGUAAUAAAGUAGCAGAAAAAGCAGUUGACGGCAGAAAAUCAGGCAAUAUGAACGAUUGGUCCUGCACACACACAAAAAACCAAGCUGACAACUGGUGGAAGGUUGACCUCGGAAAGCACUUCAAAAUCAAAUAUGUUAGGCUAUACAAUCGACAAGAUUGUUGCAAGGAACGAUUGAAUGGCGCCACCAUUCGUGUUGGCAAUAGCACCACCGGUUUGCUGUCAAAUCCACAAUGUGGAGUGGUAGUCAACAUUGCGGAUAUCAACAACUCGAAUGUUAUCAGUCGACAAUGCACUCCCGAAACUAUUGGUCGAUACGUCAGUGUCUCACUCUCUCAUGAUUAUUUAUCGCUUUGCGAAGUUGAAGUGUGGGGUGACGAUGGCAAUUAGUGUAUAAUGUUGAAGCAGAAACAUACAUGUUAUCACUUCGCCAUGCAAACCUUCAAACAAUACUUUGCUAUUAGUGUAGUUUAGUUUUGAAAGUAGAAAUAAAGCGCUUGAUUCCGUGCAAA